AUGUUCACCAAAAGGCAAAGUGAUUUCAACAGCGACUCUGAUACAGAUAAUGAAGCCAAGGAUCCUUCCAUCAAGAAAAGAAAGUCUGAAGGCGGUUUUGAUAACUCAGGGGGUUCUAACCUUGAAAUCCCAUUAUCGGUAAAAGCAGUCAUCAGUAAGAUUGAGCAAGCGAAGCUCCUUCGGGCCAAAGAGGAUAUUCUUACACAGCUGAUUCAAAUAAUGAACAAAGUGGAGCUGAUAAUGACUCGUUACACGAUUGACAGCUCAUCCCCUGGGAGGAAGGGCUCCCUCACAGAAAACCAGAAAAAGAAGAGAAAGGUUUUCUUAGAGAAAAUAGCUGAAUAUAUUACGAUGAUUGAUAUGAGAGAAAGGAUCCUUCUCAAACUGUUGUCCUGGCUGGAAGAGUGGAAUUUCAUUCUGUCUGACGUGGCCGAGAUUGAUAUUGAGGAUUACCCCCACUGGGUCGCAGAAAUGGAAAUCAUGCCGGAAACGCUGAAAAACAUUGACGGCAAUAUCAACACUCUGUGUCAAAUCACUGAGUCGCUUUUUGAAGAAAGGAAGAGACAAAAGAAAAAAUUAUUGACUCGCGGCACUCUCUGGAAAGCUUGGAAGGAACGCAUUGUAAAGCGACCCGCCACAGCCCAUGCUUUAAGACCGGAUCAGAUGAUCUGCGACCAAUUUGCGUUAAACACUAAAGUUUCAGAAAUUCAAGACAUGCUACAGGAACUCAUCAGCACAGGCAUGUUCAGCAAACUGGAAAACAACGCCAUCAAAUACAUCUCAGCUACAGUGCUGAAUCUCUCCAAAGCCUUGAGUACAGUCAACGAGGAGCUGAAGCUCUUAAGCUCCCAAGUUACCAACCUGGUUAGGGAUGAAGAAGAGGAAAAAGAGGAAGAGGAAGAAAAAGAAAUCCCACGGAAGGCCUUCCAAGAGCUCUGUGAAGAAAAUGAAAUGCUUCAUCAGAGACUUAAAGAGAGUGAGGAAAAGAGCGAGCAACUUAUUCGAAUCAAAAAUUUUCUAGGACGUCAACUAUUGUUCCCAUCUGUAUCCUUGAGAACGUUAGUUGCGAAAGUACCCACAGGCAAAGAUAUGGAGCCAGAGGAGAUUGACAGUCUUUUAAACAAAGAGCUUGAAAAUAUUAUAGAUGAGUCCCAGAAGAAAGGGGUCAGAGUCCCCGCAAUAAAGUGGGACUCGACUAUGCCAUACGUAGCCCAAGGCGAAGCGGCUCCAGCUGAAGGUCAGGUUGAUUACACCCAGAGAAAGCUGUACCCCCCGGCCCCACAGUCAGUAGAGUCCUUGGCUGCAAAUCUAGAGGAGGAAAGGAUAGUCUUGGAUAUUGAGACUAGUGAACUUGAUCUACAAGCACUGGACAUGAGGCAAAAAGACGAGAGAUCCUUUCUAGAAGGCAAACUGAAGGGCCAAGGAGUCCAGAGUGGAACAGGUAGCAUGUGGGAACGGCUCAAGAAGGUCAGAUCACAAUACACUGUUGGAAAAAGCCCAGUGCCAUCAGAGACUAAAAUAGAAUCCACUGUUAGGCCAAAAGAAAAAGAAGCCAAGUCGGAAGUAGAACUGCCCAAGAUAAUCCAGCCGGAACCCCCCGAGCUGCACAAACCAGAAACCAAAGGGAAAAAGCCCGUGCCAGGGAAGACUGAAGACACAGCGAGCUCCACAAAAGUACGUGGUAAAUUACAGCCCAGGACCCCUAAACAGACGACAAUAAGCCCCGAAGGCAGGAGUAAUCUAGAACAAUUUCAAAGAGCCAUAUUGGCUUUCCUAAGAGAGAAAAUGAAUAAUGUAGGGAAGGCUUUUGAUCCAAAGAGUAUACAGGAUGAGGAGGAUGUAUUAGGAAGAGCAGAAGUUGAAAAAUUAAACACCAUAAAGUUAAAAAUGGAGGAAUACAUCCAAAAAGUGACUGAGACUGUCACUAAAACCUUGAGGACAUACAAAGACGCAAGAAAGAAACAAUUUAGAGAGAUAGUCAUCAAACAAAAGUUAGCCCUCGCCACACCACAGCAGCUUCCUAAGCAGACAUCCAUGAGUUCCAAGGCUGAAAUCAGAAACGUUCUCUUAAGUGAGAUGACGGACCCUGUGAUUAGGAAACUCGUUCAAACACUCUUGGAUGAGCUAGAGGGAGAACAGGAGGGCACAACAGUGGGCAGAAGGAUGGAGGAAGGGCAAGAGCGACAGAAGCAGGAAGAGGAGGCCUGGAGAGAAGAGCAAAGACUUCAAAGGGAGAGCGAGCAAAAGCAGAGAGGAAGGGAGAGAGCAGAGCAGCUGGAGGAGUGGAGACAAACAACAGAAGGGUCAGAGGCGAGUCAGGCUCAGGAGACUGACAAGGAGAAGCCGAAGGCCGUGAGAGAUGCAGAAGACAGCCAGCGGCCGAAAGGGAGCAAGUGGAAACAGCUAGCAAAGACUGAGUCCCAGGCUAAAGAGCUGUCAAAGAUGUUCACCCAGAGUGCGGUGGUGCUGACACCCAGGUGGAUGAAAGUCCUCAAACCCCUGAUGAGUCAAGUGCAGUUAUCCCAAGCGGACCCUGACGCGGUGGAGCACCCCACAGAGAAGCAGCCCUCCUCUUCCAAGGCCCUCCUUGACUUUGCACGGCCCCUCCCAAGGCCUAUCCCUGAGUUGGCCCAGAUAGGUUCGAUUUCAAUGCCACAGGCUCCGAGUGGUCCUCCUAGUCAUGAACACACGGAAAAAGCACAGAGCGCUCCUCCCACAGCAGGACAGGAACAAGAACUAGGGUCUCAGCUGACAGUUCCUGGCAUCCUGGAGCAGACAUCCACUCCAGAGCAAACGCAAAUCCCCCAAACAACUGCUGAACAAGUACAGAUAUCUGGGGUCACAGUUACCCAAAGAACAGUUCUACCCCUCCAGCAGAUCCAAGCAAAAGACAUUUCCCUCACCUCUCCGGAGGUCCUGGAUCAGGGGAUCACUCUCACUCCUGAGCAGGCCCAGGCCCUGGGCAUCACUCUUACCCCUGAGCAAGCCAAGGCCCAGAGGAUUCACCUGACCCCUCAACAGGCCCAGACCCUAGGGAUCACCCUCACUCCUGAGCAGACCAAGGCCCAGAAGAUCAGCCUGACCCCUCAACAGGCCCAGAUCCUAGGGAUCACCCUCACCCCUUGGCAGGCCCAGGGCCUGGGGCUCACUCUCACUCCUGAGCAGACAAAGGCACAGAGGGUCAGUCUGACUCCUCAACAGGCCCAGGUCCUGGGGGUCUCUCUCACCCCCCAGCAGGUCCAAGCACAAAGGAUUAAUCUCACCCCUGAACAGGCCCAGGCCCUGGGGCUAGCCCUCACCCCACAGCUGACCCAAGCCCAAGCCCUGGGGAUUGCUCUCACCCCUCAGCAGAUCAAGGUCCAGGGGAUCAGUCUGACCCCUCAGCAAGGGCAGGCGCUAGGGAUGACUCUCACCCUUGAGCAGGCCCAAACACAGGGAAUUAUUCUCACCCCUAUGCAGGCCCAGGCCCUGGGGCUAACUCUCACCCCUGAGCAGGCCCAGGCCCUGGGGAUAACUCUCACCCCUGAGCAGGCCCAGGCUCUGGGAAUUACUCCCACUCCCAAAGAAGGCCUACCACAGGAGAUUAGCCUCAGUCCCAAGGAUGCCCAGGCUCUGGGGCUCACACUUACCCCUCAACAGGCCCAGAUAAACAAGAUCUGUCUUACCCCUCAGCAGGCCCAAGCUCUGGGAAUCACUCUUACACCUGAGCAAGCCAACACAUUUAAGAUCAGUCUGACCCCUCAGCAGGUCCAGGCUCUAGGGAUUACUCUCACUGUUGAGCAGGCCAGGGCCCAGAGGAUCAGUCUAACUCCUGAGCAGGCCCAGGCCCUAGGAAUCACUCUCUCCCCUGAGCAGGCCCAGGCCCUGGGAAUAGCUGAAGCCUUGGGAAUCUGUCUUACCCCUCAGCAGGCCCAAGCUCUGGGCAUCACUCUUACACCUGAGCAAGCCAACACAUUGACGAUCAGUCUGACACCUAAGCAGGCCCAGGCUCUAGGGAUUACUCUCACUGUUGAGCAGGCUAGGGCCCAGAGGAUCAGUCUAACUCCUGAGCAGGCCCAGGCCCUAGGAAUCACUCUCUCCCCUGAGCAGGCCCAGGUUCUGGGACUUACACUUACCCCUCAACAGGCCCAGAUAAACAAGAUCUGUCUUACCCCUCAGCAGGCCCAAGCUCUGGGAAUCACUCUUACACCUGAGCAAGCCAACACAUUGACAAUCAGUCUGACCCCUCAGCAGGCCCAGGCUCUAGGGAUUACUCUCACUGUUGAGCAGGCCAGGGCCCAGAGGAUCAGUCUAACUCCUGAGCAGGCCCAGGCCCUAGGAAUCACUCUCUCCCCUGAGCAGGCCCAGGCCCUGGGGAUAAUUAGCCUCAGUCCUGAGGAUGUCCAGUUCCUGGGACUCACACUUACCCCUCAACAGGCCCAGAUAAACAAGAUCUGUCUUACCCCUCAGCAGGCCCAAGCUCUGGGAAUCACUCUUACACCUGAGCAAGCCAACACAUUGACAAUCAGUUUGACACCUAAGCAGGCCCAGGCUCUAGGGAUUACUCUCACUGUUGAGCAGGCCAGGGCCCAGAGGAUCAGUCUAACUCCUGAGCAGGCCCAGGCUCUGGGACUCACACUUACCCCUCAACAGGCCCAGAUAAACAAGAUCUGUCUUACCCCUCAGCAGGCCCAAGCUCUGGGAAUCACUCUUACACCUGAGCAAGCCAACACAUUGACAAUCAGUUUGACACCUAAUCAGGCCCAGGCUCUAGGGAUUACUCUCACUGUUGAGCAGGCCAGGGCCCAGAGGAUCAGUCUAACUCCUGAGCAGGCCCAGGCCCUAGGAAUCACUCUCUCCCCUGAGCAGGCCCAGGCCCUGGGGAUAGCUCCUACCCUCCAACAGGCUGAAGCCUUGGUAGUUACUCUGACCCCUGAGCAGGUCCAGGCCCUGGAGAUUUUUCACACCCCUGAGCAGACUCACACCUUGGGGAUCUCUCUCAGUCCACAGCAGGCCCGGGAUCUGGGAAUCACUCUAACCCCUAGGCAAGCCAAGGUACAGAAGAUAUGUCUGACCCCUGAGCAGGCCCAGGCCCUGGGAGUCACUUUCACCCCUGAGCAGGCCAGAGAACGGAGAAGCAGUCUCACCCCUGAGCAGGCCCGGGCCCUGGGGCUCACUCUCUCCCCUGUGCAGGCCAGGGCCCAGAGAAUCAGUCUGACCCCUGAAAGGUUGACACCACCUCCCACAGCUGGAGCCCUCCCCACCUCUGGAGAGUUUCCUGGAGGCUCUGAUGUCUACAAGGACCUCCUACUAUCCAGACUCUCCCCCUACCAGCCUCCAGCCAUCCAGGAACAAAUUCCCUACAUGCAAGGACAGCAAAUGAUCACUGCUGAGCUCUCAAUCCCUGGAGGGCCUCAGAGAAUUUCUCCCUCUUCAGUCCCUCAGAAACGGUCAGGAGCUGUUUCUCCUCCAAAACCUUUCCCUACAGAGAAGAUCCGAAAAGCAAAGGUUCCUGGCACUUUGGAAGAAACUGGGGUCCUCCAAGAUUCUUUCGACAAGAAACCACUUGGAAUGUUCCAGCCUUACGUCACCGGUUCUGGGAUACCAGGAUCGAAGCUCCCGCACGUUGGUCUAGAGAAGCCUACUGCGUCACCAACGUCUCUCAGCACUCAACUCUCCCAAACAUCACAGGCCUUACCUUCUGCAAGGGGCCAGAGACCACGGCUCCCCGCUAUAGACAAGCCCUGGAUACUAACCCCAGCUUCUGACACCAGGAAAGCCAAGACCAUGGGGUUCCCUCUCCCUGCCCAGCUCCCUGAAGACAGAUACUUCGUUGAUGUGGAGGCUCAAAGGAAGAACCUGGCUAUAUUAAAUGAGGCUGCACAAACUUCUGGAUUCCCUCCACAGUACCACACAACUGCCAGGAAUCUCAUAAUUGAACUGCUUCAUAUGAAUACAGUUAGGCUGGGGUAUCUGUGCCGCAAGUAUGUUGCCUAUAGGCUGAUCCAGCUGGCCAGAAACAACAUAACCAAACGAUUAAAAGCCAUCCAAAAUACUGGGAAAGGGUAUGAGGCUCAGAACCUGUACAUCAUGCUGGACAGAAUUGAUCAAUACCAGAAGAGGGUGAUGCGGUUCUGGACAGACAAGCAGAAGGAACUAGAACAGAGGCGGAAGCAGUGCCUGUGGUCCAUGACGCAGGUAUUCAGCCAGAUCGAAAAGGUGUUUAAACUAAAUCUUAGCCAGCCUGUGCCCUUGGUCUCUGGCUUUAAGCAGGUACCCGAUUUUACCAAAAUUCAACGUCCAGUCUUGGAGUUAUUCACUGAAGACAACAAAAAGCCCGACAUUUUCAAGACCUUUGGGUAUGUACAGACUCAGGUGGAGUCCAUCUGGAAUGCUGACCUGUCCACUUCAAGCUACCCGAUAAUGGAGAAGACAUCUUUGAAUACACUCUGGACACAGCUGGGAGGGUACCCGGAUAUUCCCCGGCUGCUGCAGUUUGAUAUUCAAUGGACCUUCAGAAAAGCUCUUGCUUCCCUUCGGUCACAGUGA